UUUUCAUAGUUAUUUAUUUUUUAAAAAAUUAGUCAUGAGUGACAUUCCAGCUAAUACAGGGAACGAAGAAUCAAGUACUUCCAAUAAACAAUCAACUUCUGAAGAACAUGUUAAGAAUGACGAAUCUACGGAGCAUUUAGAAGAAUCGGCAACGAAAAUAGCUAAUGCUUGGCGAUACCACCGUAAAACGCGGGAAGAAGAGGGAAAAAUCUUAUCUGCCAAUUCCAGAGACAUGAUUAUCAAAAGCAAUAGUUCAUGUCUUCAUUUGCCUGGGCAAACUUGCCCUGUCUGGUCUCAAUGGGAAGAACUGCUCAAUGCCGUAGAAGAACAUUUACGUCGUAAAGAAUUACGUGAAGAACCUCCAAGCACUAGUCAAAAAUUUGAACUUGCUAUGACCGUGGUAGAACGUAUUGCAAAAGGGUCUAGUUCUGUCAAGAAUCAUCUCUGGCUCAUCCUGGACACAGAACACUGGUUGGAAAUAUGUGAUGAGAAGCAUCGAUAUGGAUCAAACCUAAAGGUUCGUUUGUUAAUAAUCAUUAUUAAUGAAUUUUUAUUUUAAGUUUACCAUGAUUACUGGCUCAAGACAUCAUCACCAGAAAAUUUUUUCGAAUGGUUAGAUAAUGGUUCAGGUAAAACUUUGGAUUUGGAAGCUAGACCACGUAGAUUAUUGGACAGUCAACUAGUAAAGUAUCUUACAUCAAAAGAACGUGCAGAACACGAAGUAAUUUUUAAGGAUGGAUUGCUCAUCUAUGCACAAAGCGGGAAGCCAGUACAUACCAAUCCACCGGAUCCCGAUUCCGUAG